CACUGCGAUGCCGCAAGUGAAGUUGGAUUAAUCCAACUUCACUCGCGGCAUCGCAAAAGUGAUUACUAGAGCGAAAUUUGAAAGAUUAUAACGAUGGCCGAAAUGGAGAUUCCAAAGGUUAGUAGAUGUUUAUAUUUGUAUUCUAUAUUUGUGUGUAAUAUGGAGUUUUAUACAAAAAUGUUAAGAUAGCAAUUAAGGAAGUAAUAUAUUAAUGCAAUUAAGUAAUAUACGUAUGAUUUAUUAUAAUCAUCAAGAUUGGAGGUUAAGUACAUAUGUUUUACAUGUUUUCGAAAACAAAAUUGUAUGAUAGUAUGUGCAAAUAAAUCAUCUAUUUCAAUUCUUAUAAACAUUUAUGACUUGGAACCGAACUUUUGAAUGACAUUGGUGAUAUAAUUAAUAUUUUUGUUAUUAUAGAAAGUAUAUACAUGCGGAAUGUGCGAGAUAAUUCUUGAAGAAGAAGAUACACAUGCCCAUGAAUGUUUAAAGAAUUAUCCCACAAUUGUUAGCGAUGAAAAUUUGUAUUUGUAUCCCCAAUAUGGUAAGUAAAAGGUGAAAUGAAUGAUGUAAAAUUAUUUUAGCGAAUGUAACAAAUUAAAUAUCUUGUAGAGGAUGGAAGCAUUGUACGGCGCAGUGCGAUUGACGAAGAUGAUCAGGAUGGAGUGUUGGUGAUGGAAUCACAUCCUCCGACAGAUCAAGAACCGCUUACAUCAAACACAGAACAAAACGUAGAUGAAAUCAUAAUAGCAGAAGUGUCGGUACGACCGCUAUUAUGGAACCAAAGAAUAAAUAUAACAAAACGUGAUAGACGAACUGUACAACAGCUUUGGAUGGAAGUAGCUGAUGCGACAAAUGGCGAAUGUUCUGUCGACGACGUAAAAAAAAAGUGGAAAAACUUGAGAGAUCGUUUUAUGAAAAUCGUCUCUCUUGAGAAGUUACCAAGUGGCUCAGGAAGUAAGCCAUCACGUAGAAAGUGGCAAUAUUAUGACUCGAUGUCUUUCCUACGGGACACUUAUCUGCAAAAACAGACAGUUUCAAAUAUAACAAUUAAUGAAUCCAUUGAUCUCAUUAACGACGCUCAGGAAGCUCAUGGCGAUGUGGAAGCUGAGGAUGAGGAAGUCAACGAUGCGGUUUGUGCACCGAUCAGGGAAGAGAAUAGAAAACGAAAAAAAGACAAUGAACAAGACGUUAUGAAACAGAUAGCGGAGGCUUUGCAAACUCCGCGACCAGCAUUACCAACUCCUCUUGUCCUCGAUGAGAUAGAUAAUUUUACUUCUAUGAUCGGCUGCCAGCUAAGGGAGAUAUUACCAGCCCGCAGACGCCACAUAAUGUUGAAAAUUCAUCAGCUUUUAUAUACAGAAUUGCGUGACAAUAAUAGUAAUAAUACAUAAUAAUAAUAAAUAUAAUAAUUAAAAAAUUGUAUUUUUAGUAGCACACUA